UGCAGAGAAAGACAGAAGGAAAAGGCCAAAACAAAAGCGAAGAAAAAAAAACACGUCUUUUGUUCGUCUUUCUUAUCAUGUCUCCCAACAUCACCGUCUAUCUCUUCCUCUUCGUCCUCCUCUUCUUCCGACCAUUGCACGCCGAUGAUUCCCCGACGGCGUACGAAAUCAUGCAAGACUACAACUUUCCACCCGGUUUGCUUCCCAAGGGCGUCGUCAAAUACGAUUUGGACCGAUCCACGGGCCGAUUCCAUGCCUAUUUGAACGAUUCUUGCGCCUUCUCGUUGGAGGGCUCUUAUCAACUUAGAUACAAAUCCACCAUCGGUGGUUACAUCUCCGACAACAAGCUCACCGACCUUACCGGGAUAAGCGUCAAAGUACUGUUCUUGUGGUUGAAUAUUGUGGAGGUUGAUAGGAGAGGAGAUGAGCUUGAAUUCUCGGUGGGGAUCGCAUCUGCUAACUUCCCGAUUGAUAAUUUCUAUGAGAGCCCGCAGUGUGGGUGUGGAUUGGAUUGCGUUAAUGGGCAAGUAAGCAAGCUUAGAACCAAGUCUUUUGUUUCUUCAAUUUAGAGGAAUUAUUGGGAAUAUUGUUUUAAAGAGAUGUGGACAAUGAAAAUUGGGGAUUACAUGAUGUUUUUAUUUGGGAUUAAUUGAAAUUUGAAAGAGCUUUCGGUAAUUUAUCAAAAUUGGUGAAUUGUUGAUUGUGCAAGUUUGGUUAUAGCAGUAUGAUUGAAUUUGCAUACCUCAAUAUUCCUUCCGUCAGCACCUAUCUUCCCUGGGAAAAGGACUGUUUUUAGCUGCUGAGAAGAGCUAGUAGAAUUGUAGAAAGUUUGCUGUUUUCUCUCUCAGGUUGUGAUUACUUUUGGAAGUCCUUGGCAGUGUCUGUUAGUUUUGUGGGGAAACCUUUGGAAGUAGGCAUUAUUUCGAGGAACAUACAUGCACCUGGGUAUAGUUUCUUCAUGUUUUUUUUUUCUUAGCCAUCAACACACGUAUUCCAAAUCUACUUCUAGUGGCUUCAUAUGAACCGAGAAAUAUUCCCUUCACCACACUGCCAUAUUCCACAUAAAAGCUAUGUCAUUUAUGUAAUGUCAGGAACUUAGGACAGAAAACAGAGCUUUUCACCGAAUGGGUAAUUUUACCAUAU